AUGGCCGGACACCCCAACCUCUACAGCUUCCCCACCUCUGACGCACUAGCUGCGCAAUUGCGAGGCUACGUCCUCCGCUGCCAGAACGCCGCUCUUUCCCGACACGACACCUUCCGCCUCGCCGUCUCCGGUGGCUCCCUGCCAACCGUUCUGGCCAAAGCCCUCCUCGCCCCCAGCGAUGGCUCCCCGGAAGACACCCCCCAAUUCUCCAAGUGGCACAUCUUCUUCGCUGAUGAGCGCGCCGUACCACUCGACCACGAAGACAGCAAUUACCGCCUCCUGAACGAUGAGCUCGUCAACAAGAUCCCCGCCGAGCUCGGCGCGCCCGUCGUCCACCCCAUCGACGAGAAGCACGUUGAGGAUGACGAUCCCCAGGAACUCGCAGAUCUUUACCGUGAGGAUCUGAUGCGCGAGUUCGCUGCCAAGGAUAGCGUCAAAAUCCCCAUCUUCGAUCUCAUCCUCCUGGGCUGUGGUCCCGAUGGUCACACCUGCUCGCUGUUCCCGGGCCAUGCUUUGCUCCGUGAGAAGGAUGCUUGGGUUGCCGCUGAGACCAACUCCCCCAAGCCCCCGCCGAAGCGCAUCACCCUUACCCUACCCGUUGUUACCCACGCCGUCAGCAUUGCCUUUGUUGCGACCGGCGCCGGCAAGAAGGAAAUCAUGAAGCAGAUCUUUGACCUUGAGGAGGGCUCCAGUCUUCCUUCCGCGCUGGUUAACCAGGGUGCCGGUGAUAAGGUGAGCUGGUUCACGGAUCACCCGGCAGUGGAUGGUGUUUCGUUCCCUCGUCGUGGGAGUCUUUGA